UUUUUUUUUAAAGAAUUUUUAGAAAUAUUGUAUAGAAGAUAAAUCGUAGGCGUGAAUUUUACGUAGUUAAGUAAACAAUGAUACGAUCGAUAUCGGAAGUGGCUAAUCAUAGUUCUGGCAAAUUACGUCGUAGUUGGAGUAAAAAUUGAUCAACCAACAUUGCCUUGGUCGUCCCAGAAACCGCGGUGAAAUGUAUUUGAAAUGCUGUCAUUUAACGCCAGUUUCUGACCGCGUCACGAUUUCAAACUAUCAAAAAGCCGAAAUUGGUACUUUCAUAUUGCCACAAUUUCUUACGAUUAUUUUUCAUUUAACUGUCGUUCUAAGCUUAAUGGCCUAAUUAAUUAUACUAUCUAUACGACUAAGAAAACAAACGCCAGCUGCGAAAUUCUCGCAAAAAUUACUUAUACCCUGUAAAAUCAAAACUCAUCGCUCAACAGGGUUCGCCGGCCGUCAGUGUACAGCAUUUUCCAUUCCAACUCCACUACGACUCGCGCAGUAGUUAUACUCAAAACUCGCGCAGCAACACCACACAGCGCGCACGCACUAUAGCAAAACUUUAUACGCGUACCUUAUUCCCCCCCGCACCUCUCUUUCACCCCCCUCACUCUCUCUCUCUCUCUUUCUCUCUCUCUCUCUCUCUCUCUCUCACACACUCUCAGCUGCUGAUACGCAUCGCAGUCGUCGGCAAACUGCCCCCACCUCACGUCGGUGUGUUCGCCGCCGCUUGCUACGUCGCGGUGGUGUGUGCGGCCAGUGUUGACGUUCGCUCUCGGGUCAAAACAAAGCACAGCCGCUCGCGCGCCCCACAGCCACUCGCUCGCAGGACUCGCUCGAGCGCGCAUCUCUCAGUCCGUCGUUUUUUUCUUUCCGUUCGAAUUUUACCUAAGAUAUAGGUAUAAGCUUGCGCUUCUCAUCGCCCGGUCGAAAAACGCGAAAAAGUGCACGUACAGCGUGAACGAGUGCCGAAGGCAUCGAAAGGAGCGCAUAAGCAUCGGUUGCCGAGCGUUAUCCCUUUGUUUGACGCGCCCGCGCCUGCGUACGGAUAUCCUCGGCGACGCUCGGUUGUUGUUUUUAUUUCCUCCACGACGCACUGCACCGCACCGAGACAGCAGCACAACAGCAGCACGGAGUUAAAGGGCCGGACGCAGCUUCCGCGCUCACGCUGAGCCGCCCGAGGGAGGACGGUCUCUCUUUGUGCAAGCUUCUCCUUUCUCCGAGAGAGAGAGAGAAGAAGGUAGGAAGGAUGUCGUCCACGGGAAAAUUCGCGUCCGACGAGACGCUCGGAGAGUCAUGGGUAUUGUGCCCAACGCCGGUGGACCGAGUGACUCCCUUGCCGUUCGGCAGUGGCGGAGAGGAGUACCUGCGGCUUCUGCGAGACGCCCAGAGGGACUCAACGCAUUCCUCGGCCAGGCAUUCGCUCGCCUCGUCCAGACGGGACACGCCACGGGACAGCCCCAAGAGCCCGCCCAACAGCCCCAACACGGAACUAUCGACUGAGGACGAACUGAAAGGAGUCUUCAUUAAUCACACUUGUCACAAGGACGUGGAUCUGGACAAAAGCACGGACUGGAUAUACGAAUGGAACACCAAGCCGGAGCCAAUCGGACCUAAAGACUGGAAGUUGAAGCACCAGUUGGGCAUGGGCAGACGGAAAACGUACAGCAUAAGGACGGCGAAGGUUGGCAAGAACGGCCUCUUCUCCAAAGAGGUGCUCUACACGCUCUUCUUGACCAAUAUACUCUCGCUCAUCAUUGGAACUGGAAUUGGAGUCUGGCUGACCAGGCGAGGACUCAUGGUGUCCCGAGUGACCAUCGAAUGAAAUUCGCGGACCGACCUCACACGCGCCAGAUCUUUCGUUGGCUCCUGCAGAAACAAACGACUUUAUCUCGACGACGGACAAACAGCCAGAUAGAGAAAGAGAGAGAAAGAAAUAGACACUGGCCGAUCCCUAAACCCUCCCACACUCCCAUAUCCUCAGACACACCCAUGCAGAUUGCAUAGGCCAAGACUGAGCGAAGCGUGUAUACACUAAAGUUGCUGACCUCGACCGGAACAGUAAAAGGGCCCUCUGAAAUGAUGCGCACGAAAUUCUACAAUAAAUCUGUAAAGAUGUACGCGUACGACAAUUUCAUGCGAUGAGCAAGAUACGCAACAGGAAAAGCAAAAGCAAGUCUAUAUAUAAACUAUCCCUUGAUUUUUUUGGUUAAUUCUCUAUCUCCUCGCCUUGUGUCAUGGACACGCUGUCAUUCUCUUAAGCGCUAAUGACUUAAGCAUUCGUCUAAGUUGAUAUUUAGUGAGAAAAAUAAUGUAUAAACAACCAAAAAAAAAGUUAUAUAUAUAUAUAUAUAUAUAUAUAUACACUGUGUACGACGAAAAAGACAGAAAACUGAGAGCGAUAAAAAAGCUGAGACGGAUUUUUACGAUGGACCAGAGUAGUAGACUAGUUUAAAGGGAGGAGUUUUUGACGAGUCCGCCGAGAUUUGCAAAAUGAAGUAAAAAAUAUAUAUAUAUUAAAAUACUUGUCCAUUUUAUACUGUUUCUAAUGCGUUUCUAUCUGCGAUAGUUUUUAGCAAAUAGCUUGCAUAGUAUUUAUCUCUAUACGAUCUAUAUGGAAAGGAAGGAACAAAUGAGAUGAGCGGAGAAGCAAAGUUUCCCGACGAGAAAAAGGCUAUCGAACAAUGCACGUUGUGAUUGAAGGGUGUUAGUCAAAAUUAAUCUAUUAUAGGUAAUCGGUACUUUUUCUUAGCGACUUCAAAUUUUAAGUCUUGUUGUUUUGAACUUGGAAAAAGAAUGGCAAGCAAUGUUGAUAGCUUAUUUUUCGUAGGGAAAUGUAAAAGUAUAUAUAGAGGAGGAUACGAGGAUAUAAAGCGGAGGAUUUGAGUGGCAAUUUCGAAAAGUAGCUAAAGUUUUUAUAUUAGCUGUGCAAGGUAUAAAACUUUCUUCGAUGAGACGAGACAUCCUGAGGGUUCCUAGACCAAAUUUUUGUACUAUCCAAUUUUUCAACAAUUUCAAGCAAUGCCUUGUUGUUUCGCGAAAGCGCUCUUUUCACAGUGAAAAUGCAUAUAAAUGCCAAAAUUUACGAAUUUAAGAUCCUCUGAUCGACGGUUUUCUCUUCCUCCUGAAUGUAAAUUUUUAUCAAUAGUACCUGUUUGAAUCAGUUUCGUCGACUAUAUUGAAAUGUCUAGUGCCCAAAAGAAUGUAAAUACAAGACUAAUUUUUGAAAGUGAAAUUCGAUAAUUUUCAAGAAUCAAUUGAAAUUAUUUAAAGACUAAUCGAUCUCAAGCACGUGAAGAAUGAAAAGAGAAUUUGAUUUGUCUGUGAAUCGAUGCAGUGAAUUUUUUAUGUUAUGAUUAAUUUUUAAUUUUAAGUUCAAUCGACUUAUCUAAGGCUUUUACACCAUUUAGAAAUUGAUGUAAUAGCACUAUUUUAUUUCUACAGAAAAAAUAAAAUAAAAUAAAAAAAUGCCACGUAUUGAAGUACGUGAUUUGUUUGUAACAAUGAAUGUAUGUAUACAUAUUUAUAGCGAUAAUACUAACUAUAUCAUAAUUAAUAUUGUUUAAAUGCUAGUUAUUGUCAUUUUAUUCUUCCGUUAGUCAAGUAUGGUGUCAAAGGGAUUAUAUGAGCACUUUUUCAAGACACAUUAUAUUUUGUCUCUGGAUAGGAUAAAAAUGUUUAUAUUUAUCCGAAUUUAUCAGUACCACGAAAUAAAGCAUUUUGUAAAUCUAUUCAAUAAAUUCUAUGAAUAUUUCUUUAAUGACAAGUGUACACUAUGCUGGGCUAUUUGAAAAUUUCAACCAGAACUUGCAGAGACAAAUUCAUGUUUGACAUGUCUACAAUUUUUCUCAAAACUCUUAUAAAUCUCAACACUAUCUUGCACAAUGUAUAUUUAAUAAUCUCUUUUGGUACCUAUUGGAAAUAUGGACUAAAGACAAACCAAUCAUAAUUAUAUAAGCUUUCAGACAAAAUCAAAGUGUUUUAUAAUUAACUUAUUCAUAAUAAAUAUUUUUAUCGUCAUUA